AUGGAGAAACUUGAAAGGCUUGCCUCACACAUGACCUUGUACGAUUGGGAAUCAGGGGAGAAGACUACUUGCCCGAUUCUUUCUUCUAUUCAUCAAGAAGAAAGCAAUCAAAACGAGAACACCACAAAUUCAUCAAUGAUGAAUAGAAGAAGAGAUCUUUUAAUUCCAAAUACAAUAGUACCUGCGAGUCCUAUUCGCACUGUACAUUUAUUAUCAAUGAAAUCUACAGAAAUUGUGGAUCCUCCUUUCAAUGAUCAGCCAUCCAUGCUUCCAUAUGACCCUCAGCUUUCGGAAGGAGUUGAAAAUGAUGAUCGAUGUUUUUGCAUUGAUUCUAUUCUUUCGAAAGACGAAUGUGAACAGUUAAUUCAAGCAACAGAACAACUUGGAUAUCAAGAUAUUGAUAAAGAGUAUUUAAAAGAAUAUAGAAAUAGUCAACGAGUGUUAGUGAUCAGCAAGAAGCUUGCAAAUUUAUUGUGGGAAAGAAUAGUCCCUUUUAUCAAGUUAUCCGAUUAUGAAGGAGUAAAACCAUAUGGUUUUGACAAUAAGGGUAAAUGGAAACCCAUUGGUAUAAAUGAAUGUCUCAGAUUUAACAAAUACUCUGAAGGGACAUUUUUCAAACCUCAUAUGGAUGCUCAAUUUAUCAGAAAUGACAAUGAAAAAAGUAUUUUCACAAUACUCAUCUAUUUGGAUGACACAUCAUAUGGCACCAAUCUGCUGAAAAAAGUAUCACCAAAUGGAAUCAAUAAUAUCAUGAGCUUUAGAGUGCUUGGCUGUAUUUCACCCAAGCGUGGUACUGCUGCCAUAUUUAACCAUGAUCUAUAUCAUGAAGGAAAUACUGUUCUUCACGGAAGCAAAUAUGUAUUGAGAACGGAGUUAAUUUUCAGAAGAGUGGAUUCCACCAACCUUUACAGAGAUAAUUUCAAAAAUUCAAAAGAAUAUUUAGAAAUUAAAAGAUUAAUCGAUGAGAGUGAUGAAUUGGAAAAACAAGGUAAAAUCAAGGAAUCGACAGAAAAGUACAUGUUAGCUCAUGAACUCCAAGUGAACAUCUCACACUCGAUCAAAUCAAAACCAAAGAAAUUGAGUCAUCUUGAGAAAUUGCUUCCAGAAGAAAUAUUCGCCUUAAUCUUUAGUUUCUUAAGACCUUGGGAAAUUUGUCAAAACAUUCUUCACAUCAACUCAACAAUCAACUCGUAUGCAAGAAAUGAAUUACUGUGGAAGAAAUUGUAUGAAUCUAACUGGCCAACACACACUCAAGCAAUUGUCACACGGCCUUCCAACAUUUACAUGAGUUAUUAUAAUAGUUAUAAGUCCGUUCCUGCAGAAAAGUUGGAACCAUGUAUUUGCACAGAAAACCAAUUAAUUUCCAAAUAUCAAAGCUUUUCCAUUUAUGGUGAAAAGGAUUGGUAUCAUGCUUUUAUCACACGUUCAAACAUGGAUUCGUUCUUCUGCCCGGUAAUACUUGCCCCUGGAAUUCAUUAUUAUCGCUAUGGAUUAGCGAAUGAAAACAGUUUCUUUACAAGUCGAAGUUUAUGUCUUAUUCCAAGCUAUGGACACUUUUCAUUUGUUGGAUAUGGUUAUGAUGAUUUGAUUUUUGGAGAUAAAGUGAAAAUGAGAUCUCUUGGAAAAGAGAAACCUCUAUUUAGAAAAGAUGGAAGUAUUGUAUCAAUGGAAAAUUUUGCUUACCUUAUCAAUCAACUGUAUGACGAAGAUUUAAGCGUUUCAUAUGAAGAACAUCCUCUAAUGAUUUGUGUUCCUCCCUCUUGGACUGAGAAAGAAAAGAUUGAACUUAAAGAAUAUUUGCUUACAUCCAUGCCUAUUCCAGCAAUUGCCAUGAUCGACUGUUCAACUCUUUUAUCAUUGUACUACCAAGCUCCAACAUGCUUGAUCAUUGAUUUAGGUCCAUCUGGUGUGAAAUGCUCGAUGGUGGUGGACAACAAAGCUCAACGAGAUAAGGAUGUAAUAUUUACCCCUGAUGUCAAGCAGGAAAUGCAAAAAUUACGAAAAAUUAGAUUUAGUGAUGACUUUGCUAAGCAAUUCUUGAAAAUUGCAAUAAUACCACCCCAAUCUGAGAAUGUCAAUUCCGCUGAAUAUAAGAAAUUUGUAUCAGGCGUCCCUCCUUACAUUCUUAAAUAUGAUUAUGGAAGCGAAACCACGAUUAUUGGUUCUAUCAGAGUGCAAAUAGGAGAAUGGUAUUUCAACCAAAUUAUUUCACACAUAGAGGAAUUUUUAGCCAGUGUUUUUAGGCUAGAAGAUCACAAGUUGAGAAAUUUACUCCUUUCAAAUAUUAUUGUCGUGGGUGGAUUCUCUUGUAUCAAAGAUAUUCGCCAUAGACUUUCACAUAGUUUGCAAUCCUGGGCUCAAUCAAUUUUUUCAGUAGACUCACCUCCAAUUUCAGUAACCUUCCAACAAGAAAAACCCAAGCCAACUUCAGAAAAGAGUGGAGAAGAAAAGCGAGCAAGGAGAGAUGCUGAUAUGGACGUAAUACAAGGAGCUAAAAUAUUGUGCAGCCUUAGCAAUGGAAGAGAAUAUUUCGAGAAAAAUCCAAAUAUGGAGAUGUAA